CCAAAGCGCCUCAAAACAAAUCCGCUCAUUGUUUUUUCAAAGCGUCCCUCUUUCGCAUUAUGGAAUUUUUCAAUGUGUCUUCUUGACCUAUGACAUUGAUUCUGAAGAAUAAAUAUUAUAAAAAUAUUUAUCUUAAUUAUCUGUUAAAGUUAAAUUAUUUUAAAAAAAUUGAAAAAUUUUAGAAUAUAAUUUCUUAAAAAAAUCCCCUCUUGUGUGUCCUAUUCCCAUGUAAGGACAGAAUAGAAUUUUUUUGAGUUAUUCCCUUCAAUCCUUCAAUAAAAUCCCAACCCAUAUCUUUCUCCUCCUCUCUUGUCCUAAUUUCACUGGCUACAUUUACUAAUUCGUCUCCCUUUCUCUCUUUCUCUCUCUUAUACACUCAAGCUGCAGACAAAUGAUGGAAGGCUUAGAGGAGGAUGAGCUGCUGAAUCUUAGCCUGGCAAUUGUUACAGAUUCCGGUGGAGACAUGAAAAAGAAAAGGAAGAUAAGAUCUUGUUUCAAUCCAUUGAACUCCUAUGAAGGUUGUGAAGGGAAGAUUUUUAGGCUACUCCAAAUUAGAGAACAAAUGCUAAAACCAAAUCACAAAAGGAAAGGAGUGGCUGAAGAUGGAAAAGGUCUUCAUUUGAUCCACUUACUUCUCAUUACUGCAACUGCUGUUGAUGAGAACAAUUUAGGCACAGCUUUGGAGAAUUUAACUGAACUAUACCAAAGUGUGUCUUUAACCGGAGACUCUGCAGAAAGGGUUGUUGCUUAUUUUGCGGAUGGCUUGUCUGCUAGGCUUCUCACCCGACAAUCUCCCUUCUACGGUAUGAUCAUGAAGGAGCCAACAAGUGAAGAAGAGUUUUUGGCUUUCACAGAUCUAUAUCGUGUCUCUCCUUACUACCAGUUUGCUCAUUUCACCGCCAACCAGGCUAUAAUAGAAGCAUUUGAGAAGGAAGAAGAAAGCAAUAACCGAGCAUUGCACGUUAUCGAUUUCGAUGUCUCAUAUGGCUUUCAGUGGCCUUCUCUAAUUCAAUCUCUCUCUGAAAAGGCAACUAGUGGAAAUCGAAUAUUGCUUCAAAUAACCAGUUAUGGAAGAAGCUUAGAAGAGCUGCAAGAAACUGAGAGUAGAUUAGUUAGCUUCUCAAAAGGGUUUCGUAAUCUGGUGUUUGAGUUUCAAGGGUUGUUGAGAGGCUCCAAGCUGAUCAACCCAAGGAAAAAGAAGAAUGAAACAGUUGCUGUGAAUUUAGUUUCUCAUUUGAAUACUUUGAAUGAGUUUUUGAAGAUAUCUGACACAUUAAAAUCAAUACAUUCACUUAACCCUUCCAUUGUUGUCUUGGUGGAGCAAGAAGGAAGCAGAACCACAAGAAGCUUCUUAUCAAGAUUCAUGGAAUCCCUGCACUAUUUUGCAGCCAUGUUUGAUUCUUUAGAAGAUUGCCUUCCAUUAGAGAGCUCAGAGAGAUUAAGCAUAGAGAAGAACCAUCUUGGAAAAGAGAUCAAAAGCAGGCUCAACUAUGACAGAUGUAAUGAUACUGAUUCAAACUGUCCAAGAUAUGAGAAGAUGGAAGCAUGGAAGGGAAGGAUGGAGAGCCAUGGAUUCUCAGGCAUUAAACUAAGCUCAAAAUCUUUGAUUCAAGCCAAGCUCCUUUUGAAAAUUAGGACCCAUUAUAGCCCUCUUCAAUUUGAUGGAGGGAGCAGUAGUAGUGGGUUUAGAGUAUUUGAAAGAGAUGAUGGAAGAGCUAUUUCUCUAGGGUGGCAAGAUAGGUGUUUACUUACUGCCUCUGUAUGGCAUUGUUUAUGAUAUGAUAGCUAGAGAUCAAUCUAUUCUAUUCUAACACAUUCAUCAUUUUUGUAAUUUCAAUCAAAUAAUUCAAUUUGAUACCAUUUUUUUUUCUUUUGCA